AUGAAUCAAUCAAAAAUGGGCUCUGAAUUUCCAUCCAUUCAACGAAACUGAAAAAAAGGACAAAAAGAAAUAAAUACUCAAUGAAGUGAUAUUAUCUGUGGGGUUCCACUAUGGGUGGAAUGAAUAGUUGUUGUUUACCUCAAAAAUUUGCUUUUAAAGAUGGGAACACUCAAGUUCUUUCUCGUAGUAGGUAUCAUGGACGCAACUUCAGUGCGGCCUUCAACCUUUCCAGCCUGGGUGAUGAAGGAGACAACAAUCAAGGUCUAAUAAAUAUUAAUAAUUCAACGGAAGAGGAGCUGAUGACAUUACCUGGAAUUAACCGAAGUAUAGCUCAGAAUAUUAUCGAAUAUAGAUGCAGAAUUGGAGGGUUUAAAAAAAUCGAAGAUUUAGCACUUGUGUCUGGUGUAGGAGCAGCUAAACUUAGUGUUCUUCGCCAAGAGAUAUGUGUAAGUACAAAAAAAGGCAGUUCACAUGACAGUUCUCCCUGUAGUAGUAGUCAAGAUGUUAACUCCAAUGAACAUUGUAUAAAAGAUAUUCGUCGCUCCAAUAGCAGCAAUCAGUUACACGUUAAUGUAAAUAUAGCAAAUGUGUUUCAAUUGAUGAAAAUAAAGGGUGUUGAUCAAACUGUAGCUGAAAAUAUUGUUUCUUAUAGAGAUAAAAAAGGACAUUAUAAAACAAUUGAAGAUCUUCUUAAAGUGAAAAGUAUAAGUGCUGGAUUAUUAGGUGCAAUACGACAUAAUCUCAUACUGAGUGAUACUGGUAGUAAUACAGCCGUUGUUUCGACGACGACAAAUAGGACUAGAAGUACGACACUAAGAGAUAGCCAUACAAAUGAUUAUUUUUAUAACUUAAUUAACAAAGACUCUGAUAUGAGUUCACUAACAAAACCUGACGAUUCACUUCAUGAACUUAUUCAGCUAUUAGGUCCAUUGGCUAAGAAGUCAGUUCGACCAAAAGUUCAAUCUUUCCCAUUCAGAAGAAACAACAUAUCAGCUUUACGAAUUGCAACUUGGAAUCUUGAUGGAUGUUCAUUUGAAAAAAUUUCCAAUCCUGGAGUAUGUGAUGUAAUUUGUAUGACUGUACUUGAAAAUGGGUUAGGACUUCUUGCUUUUCAAGAAAUCACAGACAUGCAAGCUCUUAAAAAGAUAUGUGAUGAACUGAACCAUCCAAGACUUUCUAAUGUUCGUAAAUGGAAAGGAAAGAACAGAAAAUGGGAAUAUGUGAUGGCCAACCCUAAUAUUGAGAAUGUCGAACACAGUGGCUUCAUUUAUGAUGUAGAACAAGGAGUUAAAUUAACUGGAACUAAUCUACAAAAUAUCAAGCCUUCUCAAGAAUGUCCUUUUGAGUGCCAAGCUUUGUCUGGAUUUUUCCAGGUGAAGAAUUUUCAUUUUAUUUUUGUGAAUGUAUAUCACAAGCUUGCUUCCAUCAAGGAUUUCCAUAAAGAGAAUCACACUGGUCAUAUGGCUAAUAUUUUGCAUAACAUCAAAAAUAUAUCUACAGAGGAAAAUCACAUAAUUAUUUUUGGUAAUCUGGAUGUUGAACUUGGACUAGAAGUAAAAGAAUUACUGCAAGAACAUGGUUACAUUCAGUGUGUGGUCACUGAGAAACCUAGCAUGUUACCUCUUGAGUUGAAUCGCAGUGUUAGUCAACCACAUCUCAAAAGAAGUAACAGUAGAUACAAUAGCAGUGUCAGUCUGUGUAGCCAUUUAGCUUGUUCCAAAACUAUGGCAGGAAACAUUUGGUUCAACAAAAAUUCAAAGCACUUAUAUACAGGUUAUAAUGAGAUUAUUUCUAAAGGUUUAACAAAUAUAUUAAUCCCCAAUGGCUGGAGCUGGGGCGGUGCAGUCAGUAAAUACUAUCCAGCCUUAUUGUUUACAUGUGAGAGAAGGUCAGGUACUCUGAAGUGAGUACAUUCAGGAUAUUGGUGUUUCCAGUUAAACAUAUCACAGGUUUCAAAAUUAGAUGCUUCUUACUUGAAAGGCUACAACAUGUCCAAACAUUAUAAUGUUUUCAAUAUAUCUUGGAAAACCAUGACCUAGACCCCUUCUUUUUUUCCAACAAAGCUGGAUUUGUUGAUAUUUCUUUGGUGCUUCCAUGUCAAUGAUUAAUGUAGUAUGCUGAAAAGAUAAGGCCUUGAUAACAACAUUUAUAUUACACAGCUACUGUUUUGUAUGGUUCUCAUGAUUAUUACUACUUGGUAUUGACUAAAGUUUGAAGUAGCCUAAGGAAGUUAGUUGCAAGAUGUUAAUAAAGUAAGAAUUAAUACUUUUGUAAAUCAUGUCAAAUUUUUAAAUAUAUAACUUUAUUUUUUUGUUUUUUUGUAAAUUACAUAGGUUUACUAACAGAGGACAUACUUCUGUGAAAGGGAAUCUUAAGUGAGUGUAUGAGUGCAAUAAUUUUGGAAGAUCUUUAUGUGUGUAUAUAUAUAUAUAUAUAUAUUCUGGUGCUGUUUUCAGGAUAGCAAAAACAGAGAAUUACAAUUGUGAAUUCUGAAAACCACAAAGUUGAGAAUUUUAGCCUAAUCAUGGUUAAGAAUUUUCUCAUGUUUAAAUAUUUUCUCAAAUAAACAAGCACUUCAUUUUAAACGCUCUGAAGAAGCUAUUAAGUGAUGCACAAGCACUCAGCUCUGUGUACACUGCAUCUUGUUGCAGAAACAGUAAUAAGCUAAUGAAGUUGAUUAUGUAAUUCCU